AUGGCGUCACUUGCGACCAAAGGUGCAGAAAAGCAGCCAAAGCCAUUGCAUACCUAUCCGGCAGAUGUUCAACCCAGCAGCAAGAUCCUCGCACACUGUGGCUUUGACAGUCUUCACUUCAAUGCUGUCGCUUACCUCGGCGACAACACACUGCUCACGAGUGGCGGCAAAUUUGUGCUCUUCUUGCAUGUCGACUCCGGCGCAGUGGAGUCGCAAGACGGCCCUCGGGAUGGGGCUAUUGGCGCUGUUGCUGCGCACCCCAGCGGAACGUCGUACGUAGUAGGUGAGCGCUGCCCUGAAAACCCGCUUCUGCGUGCGUUCGCCUGGCCCUCUCGCGCCCCGUCGAAAACCUUGGCAGGGGGAGCAGAGGUGGGGUAUAGCACGCUCGCCUUCAAUGUGGAUGGCAGCCGCCUCGCCUCCGUCGCGAGUGCGCCAGACUACACCCUUGCCAUCUGGGACUGGCAGAGUGCCUCGCUACUGCUGAGGAGCAAAUGCUUCAACUCCGACGUGUACAGCGUCGCUUUUAGCCGCUUUGACGACGCACGUCUCGUGACCGGCGGAGCCGGGCACAUCAAGUUCUGGACGAUGGCGGACACUUUCACCGGCACGAAGCUUCAGGGCUCUCUCGGCAAGUUCGGUCGUCACGACAUAACCGACAUCUCCGCGUUUGCCGCUUUGGCGGACGGCAAGGUGCUUUCUGGCUCUGACGGCGGUGACCUUCUCUUGUGGGAGGGUGACCUUAUCGUGUGCACCUUUGCUCGUGCUUUUGCCGUUGAUGAGUCUGGGGUCAAGGGUUUGGAGCAGACACUGCACGACAUUCAGCCAUGCCACGACGGAGCCAUCCACUUCGUCUCUCUGCAGGGCCGCUACGUGGUAACGGCCGGCGCGGACGGCUUCAUGCGGUACUGGGACCUUCACGAGCUGGAAGUGGCGGAAGGCGUAGGAUUGCCGCAGUACUACGCGCCAAUUUGCCUUCAUGAGGUGUGCGUGUCGCCCCUGUUUCGCAUCCGCUCCGUUACGCUCGAUGAGGAACAUCAGCAGUGGAUCCUACUCGAUGAGUUCGGUACCAUCGCCACACUGCCCUACCCGCUGUGUAAUGGCAAGCUAGAUGCGGCAGAGUGGACGGCGCAGGUGCGCCUUCGGCUGAAUGGUGUCCCACUCACGUGCGCGACGGUGUCUCCGGUCGAACAUGUCAUCCUCACCGGCGGGACGGACGGCACUGUGCGCUGCAUCGACUAUGUGCGCUGCGCAGAGCUGUGCCGCGUCGAGUGGCCGCGCAAUCCGCGCAGGGACCCCGUUCCCGUGGCAGACAUGAAGGUGCUAGUGCCGCGCUCGACGGCGCAGAACAUGCUCGCGGUGGUUGGUUUUGGUGACGGUACGGUGCGACUACUCGAAGUCGGCGAAGGCAGGCACGCCAUUCGGGUAGUUGGGCAGUGGAAGGCGCACGCGGAUGGGCUGUGUGCGCUGGCGGUAAGCGAAGACGCAUCUCAGGUGGCCAGUGUCUCCCCUAGCGGGCACGUUUUCUUCUUUAGCGUGGAAGCGGCGCCCUGCACGCUUGUCCCUUUGGGCUACUGCGUCAGCCCGCUGACGAAUCCAACGAGUGCUGCAUGGGAUACGCAGGCUGUGGGCGGCCGCGGUGGUUGCCUGCUCGGGUUUGAGGGUGGCCAGCUGCUAUCAAUCCACGCCCCGGCAUCGGGCUCCGUGAACCACGAUGAGGGGUACGAAUUUCCGUGUGCGUAUGACCUGAUGGCGAUCCGCCAGCGUCAACUGCCACCGCCAAAGACGGAAGCGGAGGAGCUCGAGAUAGCGGAUACCGCUGCCACCGCAUUGCAGGAAGAGGAUGUGGGGCCGUGGCCGAUCGCUUUCGUUGUACAGCUGCCAGGAGAAGGUUUUGCGAUUGGCAUGGACAAGGAGGAGCUUGCGUACGUGUACCAGGGUACCGUCCGCUACGCGAACCGGCUGGGGCUGCCACCCCUGCCCCCAACAGGCGUGGAGCCGCCAAACUACGUUGAGGACCCGCAAUUGAACGUGUGCUACCACGACUACGUGCCGCGUCGGGCUUUCGUCAGCCCUAACGGCGCUCUUGUCGUGUGUGCAGACCGCAAUCAGCUACUGCUGCGGGAGGCUGAAAGUCGACCGCAGCUGUAUCUGCUCGGUGCGGCGCACGACAGCACGAGUGGCGCAGUCACCGGCGCUUUUCUCUCUUACGACGGCUGCUUGAUCGUCUCUGUCGGCACUGACGGCCUUGUCGUGACACAGCUGCGAGACGGCUGCGCAGUCCCGCGUACUUUGCAACCUCUUGUUGACGACGCCAAAGUCGUCGAAACGGCCUCCGGCACGGCUCUUGCCUCGGCAGAAGCCUUUGUAGGUGUUGCGCCUGCCGAAGAGGUUGUGGAGGGGGUCGAGGCACCUGCUUUGUCGGUUCAGGAGCAGAAGGAGGCUGAUGACGCAGCUCGGGCCUCAGCGGAGAGGGAGGCGAAUCUCCAGUGCUUCUUGAAGAAGCUGGAGAAAGUGCGCGACGCGUACGCUCAACUGGUGCGCCGCAAUGAAGAGUUGCUGCCUGAUCAGCGACUGAGCAAGUGUGAAAUGCAGCUCGAUGCAUCACUCCAGGACGCCCUCGAUGCGGAGAAGCAGCGCCGUGUGCGCGAAGCAGAAAAGGAGUACAUCCUGCCCACCGCGCGCGAAGACGUCAAAACGGCCAAGCUGAAGAGGCGUUUCCUUGACACUCUGCUCUACGACCGUUUUGAGCUCGCCGCCAUUGAAGAGAGCUUCUCCGUCGCUUCUAUGCGCCUCUUCGAUCCACACGAGUCCAUCGUCACAGUGAACGCGGCUGCUCACCAGCUGGCCGAGUCGGACGGGGAGUCGGACGUAGACAAAGAACAGGAUGGGGGGAGCGGGAGUGAGCAGGAUGGCGCCAGUGCACACGAAGAGGUGGCCGGACCCGUAGGUGCGGAUGAUUCUCAGGAAGCCGGCAUCGCUGCCGCUUUGCGCGAAGGGCCCGAUAAUUCUGCUGGCGUAGCUGCCAUCGGCGCAUCUAUGAAACAACAACUCAACAAGAUGGACAUACGCCGUUGGGAGCGGCAAGAGCGGCGGGACGGGUAUGCACGCUUGCUAGACCGCAAGCCUAACCCAGCGAUUGACGACGCAGUGCUGAAGGAGCAGAUUGAGAUAGAUCUCAAGAACCGAGGGGAGUGCACGUUCCGCACGGAUGCAGAGUACCGAGGCGAUUACCUGUACCGACCCACCGCAGCUGCCAAGCUGCAGCGCAUGACCCACCUUAUGGAAGAAAUUGUGCGUCUAAAGACAUCCUUCAACGAGGACCUACUCAAGCUGCGCGAGGAGAAGCGGCACGCCCUCGCCCGUCUCAAUGGCAUGCGCCACGACUACGGAACGGUGCGCUUCCAGCUAAGAUUGUGCACGUCUCCAGACAUGCCCGACCUGUUCCUCACGGUGGAAGAGGAGCCCGAGACGCUCUACACGAUGGACCGUGACAAACUCGACGCGUACUGCAAACAGAAAGCGGAAGAGCGGACCAAGGCGGAGGCGAUGAAAGCGCAGCGCGGCUUUGGCGCUGACCUGGCCGGCGCGCAAGCCCCCGAGCGCUCACGCGAGUCCUCUAAUAUACCCACCGGCGCCGUGACCGGCAGCAUCGGCGUGCCACAGAAGCGCACCAAGGGAAGCCACCUCCCCUCUUAUCUCGAACGCGGCUCACGCCAGAGCGCCAUCGGCAGCAUUGCAAUGCGGGAGCGCAUGGAUGCGGAUCUGAAGGCCAAGCUUGACAACGUGAACCUCACGCAAGAAGAGAAGGAAGAGCGAGAGAUGCAGCGCGCCGUUUUGGAGCGAGACAUGCGACGCUUGGAAGCCGCCAUGACCUCAGUGCGGGCGGAGUUCAACGACAAGCUGGAGUCGCUGCGACUGCGUCGUGCAGCACUCGACGUCGACCUCUGUCUUAUGACCAGGCGUCUGACCCUUUUCCACCGCGAGUAUCAGCUGCUGCUGGUCUUUCGUUCGCAGGACAAGAAACUGCGGGCCGCCUUGUCAGCUGUGAAGCGGGAGCGGGAGAUGGUUCAACGCGCCAUUGCGUGCCAACACACGGACCUUGCGUCUACCGAGGAGCGCCUUCGCCACCUCACCGCCCAGCUCAAGUCCACCAAUCAGGCAGCAGAGGUGUACAUAGACGAGCACUGUUCAGGCGACAAGCUUGCGUACAUUAAGCGGGUCUACUAUCGGCAGGUGAAGCGCCGACGCCGCCCGGAGGAUGGGGACGAUGACGAUGAUGACAUCACCAGCGAUGACGACGAGGAUGAGGACGACGGUAUCGGCGAAGAGGUGCGGCCGCCCAACUGCAGCGUGGAGGCGUGGGAAACUAUGCUUAAGUGUCGUGAAUCUCGCCUCGACCUGACGGAAGCCAGUGACGCGGCUAAGGCAGAGAUGGCAAGCAUCCGCAAACAGCUGGAGCAGAGCGAGCAGCGGCUGCAUGAGCUGGGGGAGCACAUCAAGGAAUGCAGAAGCGAAGUGCAGGUGCUCGAAGAGCAGAAGCGGAAGGAGUUAAAUAUGCUGUACAGUGUAGUGCCGCUCCGCCUGAGCCAGGUGCGGUGCCUCGAGAAGGAUGCGCAGCUGCCAUCCCACCUCCCAGAACAGCCGGUAGUUGUUAUCUCCACUGAGCAGAUAAUAGCACUCCGACAGCGCGUCUUUGACCUGGCUGACCAGAAACUACAGCGCCGUGACGAGCUGGCGAGACUGGCAGUGGAGCUGCAGCCCCUGAAGGAGGCCCGUGCAGCUUCGAAUCGUGUGUUCGACGAGUGGCAAGGCAAGGUGAACGAGAUGAUGCUACUUCGGUUUGGUCAGCACGUUGACUUGGAGAUGCUGGAGUCGUGCGGGUCCAGCUGGGCAAUAGAAGCGAAGAAGGAAGAGCUGCGCCACCUUGAGUUGAAGUGGGUACGAUCGGUGAAGAAGGUGGAGAACCAAAUUGCCGAGCUCCGCACACGUCUCCAAGGCAAAGUCUUUGAAAACACGAGGCUGCUGCAGAACCUCGGCGAUCUCGAGACGGAGCGUCAGCAUGUGGAUGCCGUACUGUCGCAAGCCACCUCCAAGACAGUGCAGCAGUACCAUGGCACGACCGUAGCAUCGAAGCAGGAGCGUGCCUUGCUGCGCGAACUUAUCGCUGCACAGCAGGAGGAGAUCGACGCGCUUACUGCUGAGAUCCUCAUGCUGAAGCGCAAGGGUGGCCACGUCUACAGCCCAGCCAUUAUGUAG